AAACUGUCUAUAUAUAUGGUACGGUAUAGUGAGAGAAAAUUAAAUUUGAUGGUGUUGGGAGAGGAGGAGGAGGAGGAUGUGGAGGAGAUCAUGGUCGUUUAUUUUAUUGAAACAGACUGGUGUGUCAUGGGGUGUGCGGUACAAGCCGAAGCCGCCGUUAGGGUUGAGGUUGGUGGCGGCAUUUUCGUCUCAGGUGAGUUCUAGCGGUGGUGGUGGUGGUGGAGGAGAAAGCAUAACGUUUGAGGAGGCAAAGAAACUGAUGAGAUUGGUGAAUGUGGAGGAGUUGAAGAAGAAGUUAGGAACAAUGCAAGGGAAGGAGGUGAUUGGGUAUUCGGAGCUUCUCCGAGCCUGCCAUAGUAUGGGUGUUUCCAAAUCUGAAGAUGAGGCGGCCACGUUUGCGCGUGUUCUUGAUCAGGCUGGUGUUGUUCUGCUUUUCAGAGAUAAAGUCUAUCUUCAUCCCGAUAAGGUGGUUGAUCUGGUUAGAAAAGCUGUGCCCCUUGCUCUAACAUCUGAAGACGACCCCAGCAAGGAAGAACUAAGGCAGCUGCAAGAAAAGAAGGAAGAAAUCGACAUUGUUGCACAUAAACAGGUCUGGCGAAUCCUCUGGUCAGGGCUUGGGUUAGCUGUUGCACAAGUCGGGCUCUUCUUUCGCCUAACAUUCUGGGAAUUCUCCUGGGACGUUAUGGAGCCAAUUGCAUUUUUUGCCACAGCCACUGGUAUAGUCAUAGGUUAUGCCUAUUUUCUGUUUACUUCAAGAGACCCAACUUAUGAAGACCUACUCAAGAGGCUUUUUCUAUCGAGGCAGAAGAAGCUGAUCAAGAAGCAUGAUUUUGAUGCCGAAAGGUUCAUGGAGUUACAGAGGAAAUGCAAAUGUCCCCUGGAUUCCCCUGGCUUUGUCAAACAAAGGAUAGGGGUUGAAAUGGAACAUGAAGAUGCUUUUCAUUAGGCAUCAACACAUUUUAUUUUUUAAUUUUUUCGAUGUAUUCCUCGCCAUGCAGGCCCUCGUAUUUUUACCGAGUCAGGGGAUACAUAUUUUCGAACUAUUUGUUGGCUUUGACAUUGAUUCUCUUGUGGAAAGCCAGUCGAUGGUAACGCUGAUUGCUGUAUUGAGGUAACCAUUUAUUGGCUGUUAUGGUCGAAUUUUGUAACUAGAAA